AUGGCCUCUGUGUCUGCCAGUCGAAGUAGCGGCGGCGGUGGUCGCGGCAGUCUGCACGCUGGGCAUCCCCUCUCUCGCGUCGCGACGCUUCGGUGCAGCGGGACGAGCGGCAUCACCGUUGUGUGCGCCGGUGGAUCGUGUGUGUCGGUGCAACCAGCACCACGGUGGCUGACCUGCGCACUGGCAGGCAGUGGAGCGGUGACGGGGGGUCGUGGAGGACUCGACAGCGAUACCAGAAUGGCAGCAUCAUCUCCGCUGGGGAUGGCAAAAUAUGUGGCUGGCGAACCCCUUGGCGUGGCAGGGCAGGAGGUGGGAAAGGGUGCCGAUGCCCUCUUCGCAGCGGUGCAGCAGUGGUCGGCAGGGCACUUGCAUGAGCCCAGGGACGGCGUGGCGCUGAUGACUAGUGCGUCUGCUGCCGCUAGAGCCCCCUCGCCGUGCUCGCCACUGUCGCCAGAGCAGCAAGUUGCCCUUUGCGCCGGUGCCGUUACGUGCCUCUCUGUCGCCUCCCUCCCUGGCAAUACAGACACAGCCGUGGCAGUAGUCGGCACCACUGUCGGCACGGUGGCGCUGCUGCUCAUCGAGGGCAGUCGCGCCCUCUACAAGGUUGCCGAGUGCUCGCUGGCAAAGUGGAGCAGCGGCGCCAUCACGGCACAGGAUGCUGUCGUGGACGUGGCCUUCAGCUUGGACCCGGCUGGGCGGCCGGAGUUCGUCAGUGCCGCCAGUGCUGGGUGCGUCGUCGUCGUGGAUGUGCAGCUUCUCUACCAGUCACCCCGUAACAGCAGCCACAGCGCCGCCGAGGAGCUCGGAGACGCGGAGACGGACGCACCAGCUGCCGUAGCGCACAGAGCAGAAUGGCAUCAAGAGGCCGCGCCGUGGUCGAACUCAGCCCUUCGGGCGAAGGCCGUGGAAGCGCUUGAGCGGUCAGGCGCGCAUCGGGUGCGGCGCAGCUGCAGUGACGUCUUCGCCUGCUCCUUUGUAGAGGCCGAUGUGGUGCGCAUCUUGGCUCCGCAGCGCCUGCAGGUCGCCGUCGCGAUGGACGUGGCGCUUGUCGUGGUGCUCAGUAGCGGUGCGUUGCACUACGUGGAGCGAGUGGUCGAGGGAGGCUCAGUGCGCCUCCUUGCGGAGUAUCACCGGCAGCGACUCGCCAAGGGUGCUGUCUUCACAUCGCACGCAUCUGCAGCAAGACAGGGGGCGGACAGCGCUGCUGCGGGCGACUUCUCUACCGAUGCUGCCUCACUGCGCCUCCUCACCGACAGCCGCGCCGUUCCGCACGUCAUCUACCGCUACCGUCUCUCGCCCUACCGCAUCCAGGCCUGCGAUGACAGCGGCCAGACGGCGAGCGGGGGCGGAAGUAACUGCGGAACUGCGGCGUUGGGGUUGUCCUCCGCGGCGGAGUCGGUGACGCAUGUGUGCGACGCGCAUCUGCAUUUCAGCGAGAAGGAUGCCGCGUGCCACGUCGUGCUGGCUGGCACACAGAGUGUGCCGGUCAGUAAGGUUGGCUACAUGUCGCCUGCCUCACGCGUUGGCUCGGUUGCCGUGUCCAUGGGGUCAGCUGAGUACACGCUGGGUCACGUCCAGAAGCAGCAGCAGCAGCAGCACCACUACUCGGGAAUAAUUGGGUACAAGACCCUCGGGUGGUGGGCAAUCGUGCGGAACGCCGUCCUGCCGCGUCAGACUUUUGAUCGAGAUGCGCUGGAAAGGCAAGCGUUCCAGCAGCGCCAGCGCGAGCAGCAGCAGCAGCCACACGACGGGAACACCUUCUCGACGUUUAGGAGCAGCACUGACUCACCCUUCUCGGUACAUGUGCAGAGCAACACGAUGGCCCUGCCGUGUGGACUCGGUCCCUGUCCGGCCUCCCUCUCCGCCUCCGCCUUUACGUCUCCUGUGACGCCGUCACCAGCCACGGCAGGGGCUGGUGUGAGUGGCGGCGUCAGCACGGCAAGCGCUGGUCAAGGCAGGGGCUUUGCAGCUGUUUUGAUGCUCACGGACGCUCUUGUCUUGGCAUCCGGUCAUGAACUGUACGUUGGUGACCUCCGCGAUGUGCCGCCGAGCGCCACGACUCUGCCGGUGCCGCGUCCGCUUCGCUCCUUCGGUAGUGUCAUCGAGGGGAUUACCGCCGAGCCGUACAUGGAUACUCGAGUGGUGCUGGUGGCAACCAGCUCUUGCGUGACUCCCCUAUCGCUUGUAUAG